AGUACCUUCAACAGCGUCCACUAUACUCCCGACACAGCAAAGAUGAGCACUUCUCUCACUCUACAAGUGACCAUCUCGCCCCCCAUGAUCUCGGCCGUCUCCGAACCACCCACGGUGCCUGUACAGGUGGCCGUGCAUAACCCCGCCGAUACCACGGUGACCGUGCUGAAUUGGGGCACCCCGCUGGACCCUAGCGCCAAUGUCUUCAGUAUCUUCGAUAUCCGUGACACAACCGAAAAUCAGCCGGUGACCCUGCCUAUCGUCAAAAUCUCCCGACGCAUGCCCCCCUCAGCCGACGAUCUAGUGGAAAUUCCAGCGCGCAGUUCCGUUGAGAGGGAGGUUACACUGCCGCUUGUUCCACUUGCCAUGGGACACGAGUACACCAUUCAGGCAAAGGGGAACUGGCAUUCGGUAUGGGAGACUCCUCGCCAGGAGGUUACUGCGUUACAUCUGGAGCGACUCGGAGAUGCUCGGCGGGGUGAGUUCUCAUCCAAUGUUGUUCCAAUUCUAGUCGAGUAAAUGGUGGGGUGGCUUUCAUGGUUUGGCUCAAAGCAAGGGGGGAUUGUGCUUCACAUGUCUAUGCCUGGGCUCCUAC